AUGAGAGAACCAACGAUUCUCCGACAUAGGAAGAAUGACCAUAUUCCUUACGACAUCGUACUGAACAUCAUGGAAAGGCUACCGGUGAAAUCAGUGAUGAGAUUAAGCAUUAGAAAAUUCAAGAGGUUGCCCGAUACUUGCUUACGAAAGUUAAAGUCUGUUAGACUCGGAUUUGCCUAUGAUUCCGAGAAUGAUGACUACAAGGUUGUCAGGAUUUCAUCUGUUCCUUAUUUUGCACGAGAGAUUGAGGUGUACACAUUAAGUUCAGAUUCAUGGAGAAGGGUUGAAAUCUCAUUGACAAACAGUAUUAUCCUCUACCCUAACGAGCUUGAGCCAGCUCCAUUUGUUAGUGGAGCUUUGCACUGGAUGGCACUUAUCAUAGAUGGACAAUGCCUUCGUCGGAGAUGGUCUAUUAUGUCAUUUGAUGUCAAAACUGAGACAUUCAGAGAGCUAGCACUGCCCAAUUAUACUGGCAAGCCCUACUGUAUUGCAUUAUUCAAAGGGAAACUGACUUUCACUACACAUGAAAAAUAUGGCUGCCAAUACUCCAUAUGGGUGAUGAAGAAGUAUGGUGUGGUUGAGUCUUGGAAUAAAAUUUUUGUUGUACCAUUUCAAAGAGCGCCUUAUUGCCUUGCCUUUACCGAAUAUGGUUCACUUCUGGUUUCCUACUGCUACACCAUUAAUCCAAUGAAGAAUCCGGAAUUUAAGUUUGUAUUGAUUUGA